AUGCAGUUUGUCUCUGAGGACACGUUCACUAAGAAAAUCUCAGUAGGGACCACAGCGUUCGCUAUCAACGGCGAGAUACCUAGGAACCGUCUUCGGGCAAAGACCAAUGCCUUGGUGAACCUGGUUAAUGCCCUAGUCUCCUUUGGUUUGUCCUGGGCCAUUCCAGAACUCUUCCAGCCGGAUGGGACAGACCUCGGCCUGAAGAUGGGAUAUCUUUUCGGCGGAGCCGCCCUCAUUUUGUUUCUCCUUAGAUUCUUCACCAUUCCCGAGACUGCGAUCCGAACUUCGUGGCAACUUGACGGAGUAUUCGAAAGCAGGCUAUCUUCACGAAAGUUCAAGCAGGCUCAAUUCGACACACACGGCAACCUGAUCCUCUCACGUAUGGGAAGAGUCGACGCCGGAGACUAA